GAGUCCAGGCCCGGGGCUCGGGAGGCCUUGGGUCAGCUCGCACAGGGGGUGUUUGCUGGGUGCUUCCGGUAUGUGCAGCCAUGCCGGGGGUGGGCGGGGGUCUGAGGCCAGGCUGCAGCGGCCAUGGUAGCAGCCUGUGCUAAGGCCCUCUUGGGCUGGGAGGAGCUACAGAAGCUCCUGACAGCCUGUCACAGGCCCCUGGGGCUGGCACUGGCUCGGGCUUCAUACACACAGGCACGAGCACACACACACACACACACACACACACACAGGCACCCCUUGGGGGCUACACAGUCCCACGUUCAGGCUCACAGCUGGCUGCGGGGACUCACUGACAUGAGACGCACAUCACAGACGCACCUGCUGGCCUUCUUCCUCUGCCUCCUCCCGCAGGUGUCUACCCAGCUGUGCCCGACACCGUGCGCCUGCCCCUGGCCGCCUCCCAGAUGCCCGCCGGGGGUGCCGCUGGUGCCCGAUGGCUGUGGCUGCUGCCGGGUAUGUGCACGGCGGCUGGGGGAGCCCUGUGACCACCUCCACGUCUGCGACUCCAGCCAGGGCCUGGUUUGCCAGCCCGGGACGGGCCCCGGCGGCCGGGGGGCCACGUGCCUCUUCGCAGAGGAGGCUGGGAGCUGUGAGGUGAACGGCCGCCUGUACCGGGACGGGGACACCUUCCAACCACACUGCAGAACCCUCUGUCGCUGUGAGGACGGCGGCUUCACCUGCGUGCCACUGUGCAACGAGGACGUGCGGCUGCCCAGCUGGGACUGCCCCCACCCCAUGCGGGUGGAGGUCCCGGGCAAGUGCUGCCCCGAGUGGGUGUGCGACCAGGGAGGGGGGCUGAGGACCCAGCCCCUCCCAGCCCGAGGACCCCAGUUUUCCGGCCUCGUCGCCCCCCCGGCCCCCAGUGUUCCCUGCCCAGAAUGGAGCACGGCCUGGGGCCCCUGCUCCACCACCUGUGGGCUGGGCGUGGCCACCCGGGUGUCCAACCAGAACCGCUUCUGCCGCCUGGAGACUCAGCGCCGCCUGUGCCUGCCUGGGCCCUGCCCACCCGCCUGGGGCCGCAGUCCACGGAGCACUGCCGUCUAGAGCCGGCUGGGAAUGGACACGUGGUGCCCACUGUGUCCAGCAGGUGGCUGACAGCAGCAAUCCCGCUAGGAUCCGCCACGCAGGGCCAGUAGGACAAGGACAUUCUCCAGCUGCCUGGUCCUGGUCCCUCUGGACUCGGAUGCGGCAGGGGUGCAUCCCCAAGGCCCCCUUCCCCUCACUCAGCCCGGGAGACUGGCCAAGGCUCCCCGGGGCUUCUGGUCCGUUCCCAGCCUACAGCCAGCCUUAACGGAACACGCAACUUCCCCUGGGCGGAGGUGGCGUGGCCGUGUUCUUAACGACCAGGCUGCGGGUGGACCAGCGAGCAGGGGCUUGUGGGUCUCCUGCAGCAGCCUGCUUCUCCCCCCGGGGGUUGUGCAAAAUCAUCCCUGAUAGAGAACUACGUUUAAACUGCAUUGUCCGCCUUAGGCUGUGUGAGAAAUCUUCCCCACCCGGGGCAGAAUUCGGGGCUGGCUUCUUUCUGAACCCCAGGAGGUAAAACCUUGUGGGAAUGAGUGUGACACCAGCACCUGCACCUUGGACAGAUCAGCCGUCUCCACAGAGGGGAGGCUGCCCCCUGGGGGCCGGGAACAGCCUGAAAUAAACCAAGCCAAGUGAGGA